AUGGAAAAGGAUUCACAAGUCCUUGACCCUAUAAAGGCGAUCCACUUCGCCACAUACCACCUCAAAGAAACCUCUUGGACGAACAAGAGAUCCGACCUGGAGACGUCUAGCCAAGCCGCAUCUUACAGAGAAGAACACCUUCUAGCCACACCAGAAGAGGAGAUUGACCCUGAGCUGAUCGAGUUCGUGAAGAGAGAUCAAUUCCAUGAUCUGUUUUCAGAGUAUGCACUGGAGCACAUAGAUCACUUUGAGAAUCUUUGUGAUUCCUAUGGAGUUUUUGACUUUGAGAAGAAGAUGAUGCUAUUCAGCAUGUCUUUAGCUGGACCAGCUCUAGAUUGGGCGCAUGAUGAUAGGAUUUGUGUGUGGUGUGAAAUGAUAUGA